CCCCCGUCUCAUUGUCUAUGAAAGCAGGGUCGUACCCUCCUCUGUCCAUUCAGCUGCUGGGCACUGGGACUGUGGUCCAGACCUCACCCACAAGCCUGUCAUUACAAUCACUGAAUUAGUAACCUCAAAGUGCCCCAUUUCUUCACAGCCUCUAGUGAGAUUUCACUUCAUAUCUCUCGAAGAUGGAGCUUCUGGGUGUCCGACAGCCAUUUGGCCCUCAGUUUCAGGAGGAAAAGUACCAGAUGCUAGAGCUGAACCACCGCCUUGAAUCAUACUUGGGCCGUGUGAAACUUCUGGAGGAAGAGAACAAGCUACUUCGAGAGGAGAUCCACACUCUCAAGAGCAGCAGGGACCCAGCAGGCCAACGUAAAGCCCAGGAGGAGGCUCUCAGUCAGGCCAGGAGGAUGAUGGAGGAGGCCUGGAGAAAGAAAGACUGUGUGGAGCUGGAGGUAGAGAAUCUGAUGGAGGAUAUGGAGAAGGUGAGCUUUCAAAGAAAGAAGGUGAAGACUGCACAGGCUGAAGCUCAGAGGAAGCUCACAGAGAGCAGAAAGGAGCUGGAAGAGGAGCGCAGGGCUCAGAUUUGGCUUAGAGAGAAGGUCGGUCAACUCGAGAAAGACCUCAUGCUGCAGAUGCAAGUGCACCAGGAGAACAUGGAAACCAUGCAGGCCUCACUGAAACAGACAAAGCAGGUCCUAAUGGCUCCACAGCGUGUGCAAGCUACCAGCAUCCCAGACCUGGGGCAGGAGUAUGGCUACAAGGCAGCUCAAGCCUGGCAGGAGGCAGCCAACAACUAUCAGAAACAGGUUGGACGUCUGGAGGAGAGUCUGAACCAGACAAAAGCUAACAUGACAAAGAUUUACCAGGAGAAGAGAGAGAGCCAGCGUCAGGUACAGCAUCUGGCCAAAGAGCUGGAGAGCACGAGGAUCAAGAGGCAGAUGCUGGAGAAACAUGCCAUGCAGCAAAGAGAAGAACAGAAAGAGGAGCUUCAACAUCUUCAGGCCCAAGUAAACACCCUGGAGUUGGAGAAAGACUGUCUGGGGCAGCAGAUUGACAGCCUGAUGUUGGAUAGACAACAUCUGCUGCAGGUGAAGAUGUCUCUUGGACUGGAGGUGGCAACAUACAGAGCUUUGCUGGACAGCGAGGGCCUGAGAAUCGACAGACCAACACCAAACAAGACCAGCUCUACUGUCUUUUUAGAUGCACUCUCAAAGCCCACUGGGAUCCAGUCAACUUCUCAAACCACUGCUGCUUCCUGCCUUCUCAGCAGUUCUGUGUCUACAAGUCACAGAUCAAUCGCCUCAUCCCGCAGUCUGCUGACCAGUGCGGCUCCGUCAUGGACACUGACACGAGGGACUCCACAGAGACCACCAAGCAGUACCUCGAUGACAGAAAAGACAGAGGAUCACAUAUCUGAGGAGACUAAGAGAUCUGCUGAGGAGUCUGUGGAUCAAUUACAGCAAGAGAAAGUCCAGCAAGACUGGACUCUCGAAUCCACUCUUCCCAAAACAUCUGCAGAACCAAAACCAGAGCUUCAACCAGAAGAAAUUAAGGUGGAAGACGAAGCAAAUGAACCCCAACAAGCUCAUAUGGUUGAAUCUAAAACUGAUGAAUCUGAACUGACUAGUGUACCAGCUGAGCAACAAGGAAGUAUGUCCCAAACUCCAGAGACAAAGAGCUGGGCUGGUCAUUUCAAUGAUCCUGCAGAAGUUUCAGAAGACGGAAAGGAUGAAGACACUGAAGUGUCUGUCGAAAUGGCUCGUAUCUCACAUGCACCCAAGGUUGCUUGGGAAGAAAUCAAAUCUGCAGUAGAGGAUGAAAAAGAUGAUGCUUCUGAGAUGGACGUAAGAUCAGAGAUCAUCAGUGAAAGCCACACAUUUGCAUAUGGAGAUGCAGAGAAUGAUAGUAAUACAUUAACAUCAAGCCAUAUCAGUCAAAACACCAAUGCACUGGCUUCAUCUUUCCUUGAGCAAGGAACUCUAGAUUCAGCUAGUUAUUUUGGCUAUGAGGCAACAAAUGAAAAUCUUAUGAAGGAAGAGGAACUGGACAAUGUGAGCAAUAUUAGCGAGGAGGUGACAGAACAAUUGAACAGUGAAACUGAGGCAGCUAUUGAUUCAAUCAAUGAGUGGGACAGACAGGAAGAAAGUGAACCAGAGAAUGAGACCAAAGUGAUGACUUCUUACUUUGAGGUAGAAGAGGGAGAAAUGAGCAUCAAUACUGACACGAAAGAUAAAACUGAAGAUGACAUAGAAAGGGAAGAGUUAGAAGUGACAGAAAGAGAAAUUCUAGUGCAAAGUGCAGGUGGAAUGCUGGGUGUAGAUUUACCCAAUGACACUGAUCAUCAGGAUGAGCACAAUCUACCUCAGAUAGAGCUGAACGAAGACCAAUCUGAGGCAGAAGAAGAAAAUCAAAAAGAAAAGCAAUGUGAUGAAGAUGACUCCCCAAACAUAUCAGCCUCAUUGAAAACUGACCCAGGAGAAGGAGACAGUUACAGCCAGGAGCACACGCUGGCAGACACACGGCCCUUGAUCCGUUAUAAGAGCGAUGAGGAAACCUCACACCACAUCGGUGAGACCAGUGACAGUGAGGAUGAGAAAGAAAGAAUUGAUCAAGGCCACUUGAAUGAGAAACGUUUUAACACUAUGGAGGAUCUCACUGAAGAACCAGACAUGGAGGUCACCGGAAAGAUGAGGCUGGAGGAUCUUGUUUCUAAUGAAGAAGCUGCAGCUGACGAUGUGGCAUCUGUGAUGUUUCAGAAAGUCUCUGGAGACCAUGAAAGUUUGGAUGUGGUGGUGCAAGAAAGUGAACGCAAGGGUAAUCUGGAGAAGGAAGAUAGUGGUGAUGCUGAUAAUAUGAGAGACAAUAAGGAAGAAGAUGUCAGUGUUUUUGAGCAAAAUGAGAACCAGCAACUGACUGAACACCAGCAUGUUCACACAGAACAGGUUGAGGAUAAACCAGUCCAUUCACAUGAAACUCAAGAACACGUCAACACGGAGUUUUCAUCCACAUUUUCUGAAAGAUCUCAGCAAGAGCAACUGGAAGAAUCAAGUCUGACUAUGUUUGAAGAUGAAGCUGCAACCAAAGAAGCAGAAGAUUCGGAUGUCUCUAUGCACACCAACAUAGAUCUGAUUGACAGUCGCUCUUUAGAGAGCGAGAUAAACGGUCAGCCAGACAUUAUGACCUCAGACAUGGCCAACUCUGAGUGCAAUAGCUCAGAAGACGAGUCUCCAAAUGCCAGCCAGUGCUUUCAGAACACAAGCCUUUUAGCAGCGGCGACUCCUAAUGAACAGCCAUUAACCUUUACUAAUGAAGUCUCCAAGGCUGAUUAUGUGUCUGACAACAACGACGUGCCUGAAGAAGUGCUCAGUGAGGAGAAGAGCACUGAUGAGCCCAAGGCCUCUCAGAUUGAUGACUUGGAGAAUUUUAACAUUUGGGGGGAAAGCACGAGCAUUUCAGAUGCAGCCCAGACCACACAUGCAAGCAUGGAUGAACAUUCAAGCAUUUCCCCAGUGAAUGAGAAUCUGGAAAGCUCAAACAAAAUACCAAGUGUGGCGGAAAACAUCUUUGGACAUUUUGAAGAACAUCUCGAAAGGUCAGUGGAGAGCUUUCCAGAAAAAGAAGUGACUGUGAUGGACUUUGAGAACAACGAUUUAGGAGAGGAAUUUCAGUCGAAGCAAAUGAAAAGUGAGAUUCACAGCUUCUUCAGCACUAGUUUGAAGCAAGAUUUCUGGAGCGAAGGGAAAAUGGAGAUGGCAGCUACUUAUGAUCCCGCCAAAACUGAAGACUUAAAUCAGGCCAUGGUCUUUGGAGAGGAGUGGAGAGAAAUAGGAGUGCAAUCAGCGAAUGGAGAUACUAAAGAAGAGAUGGAGAUCCUCAAAAUCAGGGAUGAUAAGCAAAAAGAUGGACAGCCAGCGCAGAGCAAGAUAGUCCAGUCAGAUGAUUCUGCUGAUGAGGGGGAUUCCUGGUCAUCUGGUGAUGAGUAAAACCCUAAUGAUGUUUUAAGACAAAACCAAAAAGAGCCAAAAUGGACUAUUGUGAUCGAAGACAUUCAUUCAUUCAUUUAUUUUCCUUCAGCUUAGUAAGUGAGGAAAAUUGCCACAGCGGAAUGAACCGCCAACUUUUCCAACAUAUGUUUUAAACAUACACAUACACUCUCGCUUUUACACAAACACUCAUACACUGACUACGGCCAUUUUAGUACAAUGUAAUUCACUAAUACAGCAUAUCUUUAGACCAGGGAUGGGCAAACUUGAUCCUCGAGGGCCGGUGUCCCUGCAGAGUUUUGUUCCAACACUAAUCAAACACACCUGAACAAACUAAUCAGUGUCUUCAAGAUCACUUGAACUCUAUAGGGAGGUCUGUUUGAAU